GUGCUAAAGGAUUAUAAUGUGGCUGGUUUACUGUCGUGGAAGUGCCAAGUUCAGGUUGCUGGAACACGUCACAGACGUGAUGUUGUGUUGCUCCUCCAUGAUCAUGUUCUAUAAACUAUCUCAACGUUAAGUCAUCGGGGUCUCUGAGUCUUCUUCAUCUCAUCUAAACAGUCAAGCCAGCUGAAAUUCCACAACACUCUGCAGAUUGAUGAAGACGUUUGGUUCUUGUACAGAGAAUCAGCAGGACUGAAGGUUCAGCUUCCUGUCCGUCAGUCUGAAGCUGCUUCAUGCUCACACAAACUGGACCCCAAGAAGAUGAAGAUGUUUGUGGUGUUUGUGAUCCUCGUGCACGUUUCCCAGCAUGCCUCAGCUGUGGAGGUGUAUGAGGGAGACCCGUUUGUCCUGCUGCCCUGUGACUUCCUGACUUUUGAACUGGACGAGCCCUCAGUGGUGUGGAGCCGCUACGAUCUCAAUCCUUCAACCGUCCACCAGCGUCAGCAGGAAGGUGACGAACUUAAAGACCAAAACCAGCUUUACAGCAGCCGAACAUCCAUGAAGACUGACGCUCUGGAAACUGGAGACCUCAGCCUCAAUCUGACAAAACUCCACCUCUCUGACAGCGGCUCCUACACCUGCACCGUCAGGUGGUUCAGUAGGGGGAAACACAAAGAACGGAGAGUGAGGGACGUACAGCUGCAGGUCAAAGAACGAUUCCCAUCCUGGGCCAAAGCUCUCCUGGUUCUCCUGGUUCUCCUGAUUCUUGGACUUAUUGUUUCUGCAGCUCUUUUAGUACAUUUUAGACAGUAUUUCAUGUCAGUCUACCAGGUGGAGGUGGAUUCAGGGGCGGAGUCUGUCCAGCUGCCCUGCAAAACCACAGUUCACCUGCCCAAAGACGCUAAAGUGGAGUGGAGGGACAGAGACGAUAGGAAGCUCCAUGUGUAUCAGAACGGUUCUGACCAGCCUGAAGAACAGGACAGUGAAUACAGAGGUCGAACAGAGAUGAAGAGAAAACUGCUGGAACCUGGAGACCUCAGUCUGACCCUGAAGUUCCCCAGAGAAAGAGACAGUAACACCUACAUCUGCACCGUCUACAACAGGGAGGGACGCAGGCUGAUGGAGAAACAUGUGGUGCUGAAGGUCAGAGUCUACCAGGUGGAGGUGGAGGAGGGGGCGGAGUCUGUUCAGCUGCCCUGCAAAACCACAGUUCACCUGCCUAAAGAUGCUAAAGUGGAAUGGAGGGACAGAUACAUAAUCAACAGGAAGGUCCAUGUCUAUGAGAACGGCUCUGACCAACCUGAUCAACAGGACCAGGUAUACAAAGACCGAACAGAGAUGAAGAAAGACCUGCUGAAGACUGGAGACCUCAGUCUGACCCUGAUAAACCCAACAUACAGAGACACAGACAUCUACACCUGCACCGUCUACAACAGGAAGGAACACAUCCUGAUGGAGAAACAUGUGGAGCUGCAGGUCAAAGUCUACCAGGUGGAGGUGGAUUCAGGGGCGGAGUCUGUCCAGCUGCCCUGCAAAACCAUAGUUCAUCUGCCUGUAGACACUAAAGUGGUCUGGAGGGACGGAGACGACAGGAAGGUCCAUGUGUAUCAGAACAGUUCUGACCAGCCUGAAGAACAGUACAGUGAAUACAGAGGUCGAACAGAGAUGAAGAGAAACUUGCUGAAACCUGGAGACCUCAGUCUGACCCUGAAGUUCCCCAGAGAAAGAGACAGUAACACCUACACCUGCACCAUCUACAGGGAGGGACGCAGGCUGAUGAAGAAACAAGUGGAGCUGAAGGUCAAAGUCUACCAGGUGGAGGUGGAUUCAGGGGCGGAGUCUGUCCAGCUGCCCUGCAAAACCACAGUUCACCUGCCUAAAGAUGCUAAAGUGGAAUGGAGGGCCAGAUACAUAAUCAACAGGAAGGUCCAUGUGUAUGAGAACGGCUCUGACCAACCUGAUCAACAGGACCAGGUUUACAAAGACCGAACAGAGAUGAAGAAAGACCUGCUGAAGACUGGAGACCUCAGUCUGACCCUGAUAAACCCAACAUACAGAGACACAGACAUCUACACCUGCACCGUCUACAACAGGAAGGAACACAUCCUGAUGGAGAAACAUGUGGAGCUGCAGGUCAAAGUCUACCAGGUGGAGGUGGAUUCAGGGGCGGAGUCUGUCCAGCUGCCCUGCAAAACCACAGUUCGCCUGCCCGAAGAUGCUAAAGUGGUGUGGAGGGACAGAGACAACUGGAAGGUCCAUGUGUAUCAGAACGGUUCUGACCAGCCUGAAGAACAGGACAGAUAUUAUAGAGGUCGAACAGAGAUGAAGAGAAACCUGCUGGAACCUGGAGACCUCAGUCUGACCCUGAAAUACCCCACAGACUGGGACAGUGACACCUACACCUGCACCGUCUACAACAGGGAGGGACACAAACUGAUGAAGAAACAAGUGGAGCUGAAGGUCAAAGUCCACCAGGUGGAGGUGGAUUCAGGGGCGGAGUCUGUCCAGCUGCCCUGCAAAACCACAGUUCACCUGCCCGAAGACGCUAAAGUGGUGUGGAGAGACAGAUACUACAGGAAGCUCCAUGUGUAUCAGAACGGUUCUGACCAGCCUGAAGAACAGGACAGUCGUUACAGAGGUCGAACAGAGAUGAAGGGAAACCUGCUGGAACCUGGAGACCUCAGUCUGACCCUGAAACACCCCAGAGACUGGGACAGUAAGACCUACAUCUGCACCGUCUACAACAGGGAGGGACGCAAACUGAUGGAGAAACAAGUGGUGCUGAAGGUCAAAGACUGUCAGGUGGAGGUGGAGGAGGGGGAGGAGUCUGUCCAGCUGCCCUUCAGAACUACACCUGACCUGCCUGAGGACGCUACAGUGGAGUGGUACUGCUCAUACAGGACAGUCCACCUGUAUGAGAACAGAUCUGACCAGCCUGACAAACAGCACCAGGAUUACAAAGACCGAACAGAGAUGAAGAAAGACCUGCUGAAGACUGGAGACCUCAGUCUGACCCUGAAACACCCCAAAGAGACAGACACAGGAAAAUACUGGUGUAGAGUCAUCAACAAGGACAUGUGGAGAUGGAAAACAGUGGAGCUCAAAGUCAAAGGGAACAUCAGGAACAGAAGCAGCUCCACUGAUCCGACUCCUCUGAUGGCUGAUCAAUCUGAUUGAUCGGUCUGUUGGUCAAUCUUUGAUUAUUGAUCUGAUGAGACUUUGGAUCAGAGACUAAAUGGAGGUGAAGGAGCUGAUGGAGGACGGAUGAAGACAGGAGGACGCUUCAUCAGCUUCUUCUUCACUCUGACUCUCACACACAGUCUACACACUCACUAUUGAUGACUGUUGAUCAGUGAUGUCAGAGUGAUGUCAGAGUGAUGUCACAUGGUGGUUUAGAUCCUUUGAACUCUGACAGUAAAGUGUAAAUACAACCUCAGGUGUAGAGACAGCAGGUCUCUGCAGUAACAACAUGUAUCAUGACCUUUACAGAGUGUCUACACAUAGAAACACGUCACAUUUAACACUUUAACACCUUUUAAUGCCACUUUAUAUGGAAUUUAAGGGAAAUUCAAAAGUGAAAUACAUAUACACAUAUUGCAUAUACUAGUUAUUGCUGUAA